GAACUUCUCGAGAUUCGAAAGGAAAUUGGUUCUGCAAUUGACUCUUCAACUGCUGCAUACGAAGCCAGGGAUGAGGCACAGACAAAGAUGCAGCAAAUGAAGGAGAAGGCAGAGAAGGAUCUGGCACUGCAUGCCGCUGAGAUGAAGGAACUUCAGAGAGUCAUUGACCAUGACAGGAAGUUGAAGGAGUUCAUGGGAAUUAAAACUCAGGAGCGGUUGAGUGAAGACAUGGCAUUACACGGCGUGCACAAGCGAGAACAUGGAGACUCAGCAAGGAAAAAGAAGGACGCAAGGGAAGAGACUGUGGAGAUGUAUGAAGCUGCCUUCCAGCAGAUCCGAGCACUCACAGGAGAGGACAAUCUGAACGUGGUGGUGGCAAAAUUCAAAGAAGUGGAAGAUCGGAACUUUGCAUUGUUUAAUUACAUCAAUGAGCAGAGCAGUGAGAUUGAGAGACUGCAAGAGGAGAUUGCUGAUAUCCAGGCACAGAUUGAAGCCUUCAAAUUACAAGAGCAGCAAAGGGAGCAAGAACAUAAAGUUAUUCUAAAGAAGAUUGAAACUCAACAGGAGGAAGCGAGCAAACAGGCCACCGAAUGUGACAACAGGAUUAAAGGGGUCAGAAAGAUACUUGACCAACUCAAAGAAAAAAUUGAUUCACUAUUUACUAGAAUGAACUGCGAUCGAUCUAUUUUGGAUGAAAUGUUGGGAUCUUCAUCCGGAAUCCGGGAUAAUAAUGUGAUGCAGUACCUGGGCCUCAUUGAGCAACGCACCAAUGAACUACUGUCUAUCCAAUCCUACCUUGCAUCCAAGGAUUACAACAAGCCAUAUGACCCACGGGAAGCUGCCAUUUUUUUGAUGGGCCAGAAUCUGAAAAAGCCCCCCCCGCCGGUCUACAUUGAACCUCCCAGCACAGGAAAUGAUAGUGACAGUGACGUGGAGUCUCCAGUGACUGACGAGGAGGAGAGGCCCCUGACUCAGAAUGAACUACGGCAAAGAAUACUGAAAGGGGUGAUGAGAAAAGAAGCAAAGGCUUUAAAGAAGAGCAGCCAUUAUGACCGCUCACAGCAAAAGUUCUAAAGGCCUCAAAGCAGCACCAUCAACCAAGAAAUGCUGAAGAAGAUCAUAUUCAUAAGAUUUACUUUAUGCUUAGAGAAAUUACCAUGUCUGCACCAUUUUCUCUAUACAGUGUCUUCAUUAAGUAUGUUUCUUUUCUAAAUUUGUUCACGGGAUGUGGGCAUCACUGGCGAGGUGAGUUGCCUUCUUGAACCACUGAAAUCCUUGGCAUGUAUAGACACUCAAGAGUGCUGUGAGGAAGGGAGUUCUGUGUUGACUCGUUGCUGGGUAUCAAUUUUUAAUCUCAUUGCAUUUUUUUAAAAUUAGAAGUCUUGUAAUUCCAGAAUAAGCAUGUAUGGAAUUAAAUCAUUGCCCCUUGUAUAAUUCUUCAAAGAGGAAUAUGCCAGGUCACUAUAAAUGACAUUAGCUAUGAAUUUGCUUAUGGAUGCAGAUCGCUGGAGCUGAGAAUUGGAAACUCCAUGAGUUAAUUAAUUGGGAUAGUCACUGUCAGGGAAACACUGCAAGUUAUUAAUAGUAAUUGCUUCAGUUUAAUAUUUAUAUGCUAUUCUCUAGUAAUUAAAUUGUGAGAAGUAUAUAGUCUUUCAAUUCAGCUAGUGUGGUUCACUUUGGACAGUGGCUUCGCCAGGUCUUUCUACCCCAAAUUAGCUGGAAGUCUCUGGUUGAAAGGUCAUUGAGUGCAGAGUUACGUUUUGAGAGGGAGAGCAACAGGACUCAGUGUUUGUAGUAAUCUUGAAUGAAUUUAAAGUUCCAUACCACAGCUAUUAUUUUCUGGUUAUGCUUAUGUAAAAUGCCUUUGGAAAGUUUUCUCCAUUAAAGGUACUGCAUAACUACAGUCAUUGUUGUUAGCAUGAGGUUUAGAUAUUUGACUAUAACACUAAGUUGCACUUAUAACAUUACUUUCAACAUGACAACAUGUCCUAAGGCUCUAAAGAGAAACCAUGCCGAAUCUUAAUCUUUAAGUUUAACAUUCUGAAAGCUAAGUUUCUUGUUGAUUUAAUUUAUACAAAUUAGAUCACAGGUUUGAAGCUUGUGUUUCAACUUGAUAAGAGGGUUUCUCUAGUCUGCUGUCUAUAAAAACAAAAAAAUUUAUGUGACAGCAUUUAAUACCCUCCAAUAGAUGGUGUAAAAUAAGGGUUCUGUGUCACACAUUGUAAUAAUUUACUGAUGCUCCUUCCACCACUUAGAAGGACAAGGGCAACAGCUGCAGGAGAACAUUUCCAGUUCUAAAUAUCACUCCAAGUCAGACACCAUUGUCAUCAUGUGACAAUAACUUUCACAUCCCAACGAUGAAUACAGAUAUUCCCUGGUUAGAAUGCAUUCUAAUGACACGUUUUAUUUUAAAGCAGUUUGAAAUGUAGGCAAUAUAGUCAAAUGCUGCUGCUGACCAUGCCCAUCAUUUUCACUUUAACAUGGUUACUGCAUGAUUUUGUACCUCUUUUCAGCCAGGACUCUUGCCCCUUCAGAACUCAGAGUAACUCCUUGGAGUUCACUUCUCCCUUGUGAAUUAGCAAAUCAAGAACAAUCCCAGAAUCUUUUGUUUUAAUUUGCAAUUAAAAAUAACAAAAUAAUUCUAAACUUUCAUAUUCAAUAUUAAUCCAACUUUAUAAUUUAUUAGUAAAUUCACAUCUUGGACAAAUUAAAUGAAAUUAUUCACACUUAAAUUUGGAAAUCACUUUUUACUUGUCUUUUUCAGAGGUUUUGCCCAGUGAUCCACUGCAGAGCAGAGGCCAGUUUCACCACUUCUGGAAUUGGUCUGUCAAAAACAAAAAUCAACAAACUAUCAGCAAAUAUGUCUUUUGUAAUGUUGCUGACUUCUAGAUUUUCGGGAGAUAGUUUUAACCAAAUUCACUGGUGGGAGAUGGAGGGGAUUGAAAUAACUAUCUGAAUUACCACCCAUUUUACAAUUGAUACAAUUUCACUUAUUAUUGAUUUCUGAAUGUAAAUCUUAUAAUCAGACUAGAUCCUAUCAAUUCUUGAGUUAGAAUCAGAUCCUAUCAGUUUGUAAGUUAGGACUAAAUCCCCUACAUCAUUUUCAACCACUGAGAUCAGUCUGCCUGUCACUUACCAGCAAUUACACCUAAAAACCCCACAAAUAUAACACUACGUACAAUCACCAACCCAGCAUUCGUAAUGGGUUGUUCUACAUUGGAGCUCACUAUAUAAACACAUAAGGUGGUCAUUAGUCAGAUCUUCGCUCAUCUAUUCAGAGAAACCCUUCCCUCAGAAACUGUCUCCUGUUUGCUCUAUGGUCUCAGUCUUCAGCUGUUUUGGAUAAUCAAUCCCAGUUCAAGUGAAGGAGCUGUUCCUGACCACAAUUUCACUGGUUUAAAUGCCAUUGCUCAUCAUACUGUAACUGUGAAGCUUCACAGUGUACGGCGUUUACUGUUCCCACAUCCUCUACUUUCUCAUAUCUUUCUAUCAUAUUGAAUAAAGAUUUGAGUUAAAAUUAAUCAUAGUUUAUAUUAUCACAAAAAUGUAAAAUAUCACCUUGGUGCAGUAUUCAAUGGAUUAACUGAUUUAUGUUUAGUUCUGUCAAUCUGUUGACUAUCUAUGUUCAAGUGUUUGAUUUACCAAAGUGUAGUCUCUAAGAACUAGAAUAAACAGAAGAUUCCAAAAAGAUUGGAGAUGCUAGAACUGAGAACAUAUAUGGAGAUAUCCUGUGAUUGAAGGGAUAUUUUAAAGCACUGUAUUUAUAUUAUUGUAUAUUUAAAAUUAGCAUAAUCUCUUCAUGGUAAGUAAGAUACAUAAAGAAUACAAUAAGCCUGCAAAUGCACAAAGCUCAACACUUCUGUUUAAAAUUUAAAUAAUUUACCAGACUAAUAACUGUAAUUUACCUGCUCAUUGUUGGUCCUCUAUAAAUGGCUGAUAGGAAUGGAGCAGAUUUAUUUAGAUCCCAAUGAGGGGGUAUGCCAGACACUCUGAACUCUUCUAGAAAGUCAACAAUUAUUUUCUAAAUUCCGAGAAGGGUUAUACUGGUAUAUGAAGAGUCAGAUCUGGAGUUAACUAUCAGGGCUCCUGCAAUUGGUGCAAGAUUUUUGGUUCUCAAAUACCCCCUCACCAGAUGAAGGAGCUUCACCAAAGGAAAGAUAAAUUGUUACCAAUUUGAUCCAAAUUGUUCUGAUGACAGAUUUUUACUAAAACAUUCACCCAUCUUUGUACUUUCUGAUCGUGAUGGGCUUGCUGUCUGGUUUUGUUUAUACUUCUGAUUAGCUAACUGUACCCUGUUCAUUUUUAGAAGAGUGAAAGAACUUGCAUAUACUUAGUGCUUUCAAGCCUUAGGACAGCACCAGCACUUCACAACCACAGGCACUGUGGGAAAUGCAGCAAGGUGGCACUGAACUAAAUUAUAGAUAGUCUGUUUUAGGAGUGUUGGCUGAGGGAUAAACACUGGCCAGGAGGCUUCCCCUGUUCUUUUUUGAAGAACGCCAAAGUAUAUUUCACAUCCGAGAAGAGUAGAUAGAGUGACAGUGUAACAUUUCAGGUGAGGUGGCAUCUCCAACAUUGCCACACACCCUUAGAACAGUAGUAUAUGGUCAAGUCUUUAGAGUGACAUAUUAGCUUCAGCAGAAAGGGAAGACAGAUAGAGAUAUAAAUGGUUGUAUGCAUUAUGGAUGAGGUGCAUGUGAGUGGGCUCUAAAACAGAAAUGAUGUAUAAUAGGCAGAUUGUAUAACAAGUACAUAAAGCAGGCAGGGUAUAUGAUUGGCAUAAUAAAAACAGAAAGCGCAGGAAAAACUCAGCAGGUCUGGCAGCAUCUAUAGAGUGAGCAACGAAGUUA